GGAGUGCACGGGUAGUAUAUGUAUGGCUUACGGCCUGGAAUCGUGUCAAUGUAGACGAGGGCCCAACGAUCCCAUCACUAAAUCAUGCGAAUUGUGCUGUAGAUUGCCUUCAAAGGACUCGACGUGCAAAUCGUCGUUUGAGUGGAAUUCUGUGCCAUACGAUGUGCCGGAUCUGAACGCUAAGGCCGGCACUCCAUGUGAUAACUAUAAUGGAUAUUGCGAUGCGUUCCAGAAGUGCCGGGAAGUGGACCCGUCCGGCCCUUUGGCCACUUUGCGACGACUGCUGCUGUCCAACGAG